AUGUGGAUAUGUCAACAUGGUAUCCGGGUUGGUAGGUCACGAACUAUCGGGUUUUUCAAACGAACAUUCAUAAUAUCUAUCUAUCUAUCUAUCUAUCUAUCUAUCUAUCUAUCUAUCUAUCUAUGUAUCUACAGGGUCCUAUUCAUUAUCUAUCCGGCGAUCUAUUUUUAUUCAUAUAUAUCUCCAUCUAUUCUUGUAGCAGCCGGAGCAAUAUAUAUUCGGUGGGGGCGUUCGGUCUGCCCGAAGACAUCUACCCUUAUCUAUGACGGUACGUCCCUAAGAACUUCUUCUUCUUCUUCUUCUUCUUCUUCUUCUUCUUCUUCUUCUUCUUCUUCUUCUUCUUCUUCUUUUUUCUCUAUCUAUCCAUUCAGAAGACGCACUUUUUGUUUGACAUUCUAUAUCGAUAUAUCUUUGUUUGGUUGCUUCUUUUUUCUCUCGCUUGUGUGCUUGCUUUCUCCAUCAGUUGGCCUUUGUACUAGCAUUUCUUUCUUUUUUGAAACUUCCUACGACCCCUCUGUCUUUCACGAUAGAUUAAUUCCCUUAUUCUUUCUUUCUUCUUUUCUUUCUUUUUUGUCUAAUUAUCAUUGGACACCUCGUUUUUCUUUCUUUUUUCUUUCUAUUCCAAUUUUUAAUUUAACCGAAUUUUUCCUUUCUUUCUCUCUUUCUUUCCUUCUCUCUUUCUUUCCUUCUCUCUUUCUUGUUUUUUAUUCGCCCGAGUUCUCCCGCUCUCUUUUUCUUUCUUUCUUUCUUUCUUUCUUUCUUUCUUUCUUUCUUUCUUUCUUUCUUUUCCAGUUUUCAUUACGUAUAAGUGGAGGCCAAUACUACACCCACACUGGAGGCAGCAGUGAUAUUCUCUGUUUACCCAAGAAUCCAAUCUGGGAAAACUUCACCUCUGCCGGAGAAGGGUCCGCUUAUAUCUACGGCAUAGAAUAUGAACUCAGCUUGUACCGAUCAUUGGGCAAAAAUGGAAUGUUUUCAUCCAAAAAUGCGCAAUCCCUUCACGACCACAACGUACCUUGUGCCGUUUGUCAAACGAAUGAUCCUGGCUCAGUAAUAAUGGUCCCAGCUAGAAACCGCUGCUAUCCUGGGUGGAUCCUGGAGUAUUCCGGGUAUCUUAUGACCAGUCAUUAUAACCACAAGGGUAGAACUACCUACAAUUGUGUUGACAAAGACCCUGAGGCUGAUCCUGCCGGUUACAGAGAUGAAAACGGUGCUCUCUUCUACCCAGUACAGGCGUCUUGUGGUUCCUUGAGUUGCCCACCUUACGUUCAAAAUAGAGAAUUGACAUGCGCAGUCUGCAGUAAACUAGCCAGCGUUAUCAAUCUCCCAGUCAGCAGGAAGAAAUAA